UGGCCGUGGCUCUGGGAGACAGACAGAACCACGCGAGUGCUUAGGCCUUCUUCCCACGUCUGCGGCCCAGGCGAGUGCAUCCUCGGCCCCAACCCUGCCCAGCCAACGGAUAAUGGGGAUUCUGGGCGCCCGGCGCAGCCUGGAGUGGCUGCUGGGCUUCUACUUUCUCUCCCACGUCCCCAUCACCCUGCUCUUCGACCUGCAGUCGGUGCUGCCGCGCGAUUUCUACCCCAUCCAGCUGAGAAACCUGCUGAAGUGGUACACUAAAGAGUUCAAAGACCCUCUGAUGCAGUACCCCCCAGUAUGGUUUAAAUCCUUCCUGUUUGGUGAGCUUGUGUUUCAGCUGCCUUUCUUUCCCAUUGCGACAUACGCCUUCUUCAAAGGAGGCUGCAAGUGGAUCCGCACCCCUGCGAUCAUCUACUCGGUCCACACCAUGACAAGUCUAAUUCCCAUUCUCUCCACACUUCUAUGGGAGGAUUUCUCGAAGACCAGUGCUUUUAAAGGGCAAGGACCAAAGACUUUUCACGAACGACUAGUCCUCAUGUGUGUCUAUGCCCCCUACUUUCUGAUCCCUCUUAUGCUUCUGCUUUUCAUGUUGCGGAGCCCCUACUACAGGUAUGAGGAGAAAAGAAAGAAAAAAUGAGAGCAAGAACUACUGGCCCAGCAGAGAGAUGCCCACAGGACAGUUCCCUGUUGGACCCAGUACAAGGAAAACUGCUCAGAACCCACGUCUUCAGUAGCAUUUGAAACAUACGGGCAGCAGGAGCCACAUCAAACCAUCACCUUCUAAGGGCACCAGCACAGAUCGAUCACCUGAGGGUGGGCAGGGGGUGUGGGCUUGGUAAUAGGGAAGUGGUGCCAAGUAUUUCACUAUGUGCCCGGGUUCCACUGCAGAAUUACUAACAGCAGCACCAGACCGGAAACUGGAUAAACUGCUAAGAAACACGUCCUGCUCGGCAUCUUCAUGCAUCACUUGGUCCACAAUAUACAUGUGACUGAUCCCUUGACUCAUGAUUCCAUUCCAUCACUAUUCAUUAGCAGAAUGCACAGUGGGAUGUUUUGGGGCAUUUUUAAGUUUGAAAUUAUGCCUCUUUAAUAUUCAUUAAAAACUAUUUCUUGCCCCCACCCUGCUGGGUAGGGGGCAGCAGGAGAAAGUAAUCUGAUUCUACAAGAAGUUUAAACUUAAGUGUUCCUUAAGGUUCAGCCCUGGCAUGACUUUCAGUCAAUAAUGGACAAAACUAGAUGUCUUGCUCCUGUCUUAAACAGCAUCCAAGGAGGAGAGAUUUUUUUUAAAGUCUUGUUUAUCCACUUGCCAAACCGUAAUCCUAUAUUUUUACCUACCACGUGACAGAAGUUUCCUUCCUCUGAGGUCUGGUGUCUCAAACCCGAUCUGAAAGUAUGCUUCCUCCUGAGUAACUUCACCUGUGCAGACCGUUCCAUCGCAUCCGAACGGGCCAGCGGGCCUGGCAUGUCCAGUGUGUGCACAGAGAGCGUCUCCACGUCAGUGCCUGCUGUUCUGUUAGCUUUCUCUGAAUUCGUACUCAAGGCUAACUCCAAAAAGUGAAAAUAAACCCUGUCUGGUGUGGCUCAGUGGAUUGAGUGCUGGACUGCAAAGCAAAGGGUCCCUGGUUCCAUUCCCCGUCAGGGCACAUAACUAAGUUGCGGCCGGGUCCCCAGUGUGGGGCAUGUGAGAGGCAACGACACACUGAUAUUUCUCCCCCUUUCUUCCUCCCUUCCCCUCUUUGAAAAUAAAAACCUUUUUUAAAAAAAUAAAAUUAAAUUAAAAAAAUAAAACUUGUGAACACAUAGAGACAGCAGUAGAAAUUGGGAUGGUCCCAGUUCUGUCUUUGCCUUUCUGCUCAUACAUUGUAUUGUUCUAAUGGUUGGGAGUAUCAUGUGACUCGUGUCCAGUCCAAAUAAAGGUAGCUGCUGACCACU